GUCUCUAAAAGAAAAUGAAUUUGGCUGAGAUUUGUGACAAUGCAAAGAAAGGAAGAGAAUAUGCACUUCUUGGAAAUUAUGACUCAUCAAUGGUGUACUACCAGGGGGUGAUACAGCAGAUUCAGAGACAUUGCCAGUCAGUCAGAGACCCGGCUAUCAAAGGCAAAUGGCAACAGGUUCGGCAGGAAUUAUUGGAAGAAUAUGAACAAGUUAAAAGUAUUGUCAGCACUUUAGAAAGUUUUAAAAUCGACAGGCCCCCAGAUUUCCCUGUGUCUUGUCAAGAUGAACCAUUUAGAGAUCCUGCUGUUUGGCCGCCACCUGUUCCUGCAGAACACAGAGCUUCACCUCAAAUCAGGCGUCCCAAUCGAGAAGUAAGACCUCUGAGGAAAGAAAUGGCAGGAGUAGGAGCCCGGGGACCUGUAGGCCGAGCACAUCCUAUAUCAAAGAGUGAAAAACCACCUACAAGUAGGGACAAGGAUAAUAGAGCAAGAGGGAGAGAUGACAAGGGAAGGAAAAAUAUGCAAGAUGGUGCAAGUGAUGGUGAAAUUCCAAAAUUUGAUGGUGCUGGAUAUGAUAAGGAUCUGGUGGAAGCCCUUGAGAGAGACAUUGUCUCCAGGAAUCCUAGCAUUCAUUGGGAUGACAUAGCAGAUCUGGAAGAAGCAAAGAAGUUGCUAAGGGAAGCUGUAGUUCUUCCAAUGUGGAUGCCUGACUUUUUCAAAGGGAUUAGAAGGCCAUGGAAGGGUGUGCUGAUGGUGGGACCUCCAGGCACUGGUAAGACUAUGCUAGCUAAAGCUGUUGCCACCGAAUGUGGCACAACGUUCUUCAACGUUUCCUCUUCUACGCUGACAUCUAAAUAUAGAGGUGAAUCUGAGAAAUUAGUUCGUCUGUUGUUUGAAAUGGCUAGAUUUUAUGCCCCUACCACGAUCUUCAUUGACGAGAUAGACUCUAUCUGCAGUCGAAGAGGAACCUCUGAUGAACAUGAAGCAAGUCGCAGAGUCAAGUCUGAACUGCUUAUUCAGAUGGACGGAGUUGGAGGAGCUUUAGAAAAUGAUGAUCCUUCCAAAAUGGUUAUGGUGUUGGCUGCUACUAAUUUCCCAUGGGACAUCGAUGAAGCUUUACGAAGGAGAUUAGAAAAAAGGAUAUAUAUACCUCUCCCAACAG